CACUGUGAGCGUCCCUGGGUCUCUGUCCUGACUCCUGCUGGGCUCAUUUCAGCGUGUGGAUCUGGUGAGAACAAACUCCCCAGAUAAUACCUGCCCUUUCACCUCCUGUGAGUCUCCUUGACCCCACCGUGCAACGUGGAGAGAAUUACAGGCGGCCAUUGGAAUUAUCAUGUCUUAACAGACAAAAUGGAGCUAUUCACUUUCUCUCUGCUGAAAGAAACACGCAUUAAUGGAAUCGUGGCGCAAUUCCUUUGAGCAUCCCGUGAUCUUUGACCUCCUAAGAUGGAUGAACCUCCGCGGGAGAUGUGAUGUCUCUACCCCUGAACAAUUAAGCAAAAAUCCCUGCCCCGAUAUAUAAGGCGGCGGAGAAUCCACUCGUCCACAUUCGUUAGGCGAGGCGAGAUCUGUCACAGCAACAAAAACCCAAAAUAUCUUAGAUACACGAUGGUCUCCACCUACUCCGUCCUGUUCUCCCUGGUGCUGUUCUCGGAGCUGAGCAGCCACUUGGUAGCUGAAGCCUUACCCGCAACCAAAGUAGAAGAUGCAAUGGAACAGGAGAGCCUCACUUCACUACUGGGGGACGAAGUCUUGACUGAGCGUGCCAUGGUUCCACCCGUGUACAGACAAAGUUUCAUGAUGGACAACAGAGAUGAAGAUGGAAACCCGAACGUCAUUGUUUUCUCGGACAUGAGGCAGAAAGGACACCGCAUCCGUGGCCGCUUGAACCCGUCCUUCGCCCAGAGCUUCCCUCAGCUCACAGACCGGAAGUUGAGCCACAAUCCACCCGAGUACAGUUUGAAAAUGGAUCGCAGAGACGCCGACCUCAACAUGUUGCGGUGUAUGAUCGGCAGAGUGUACCGACCCUGCUGGGCAAGUAACGAGAACCUCUGAAAACCUCUGUGCUGGGAAAUCACUUCUCUUCUCUUC